AUGUCUUCUCGUCCGGAGCUCAACGCCCAUAAAUUUUUCGCAGAUCGCUUUGCCGCUGUUCUCGCUCAGCAGGGGAACUCUCCCCGCCAUGUGUCGUCCAUGGGCUUUGGAGCCCUAGCCAUCACCGAUGGCUCGCCUUCUGCUGCUGCAGCCUCCGCUGCAGUUCCUUCUGCCACCGCGUCCCCUGUUGCGGUUACGACCCCUCUCUCCUCUGGCCAACAGGAGGUCAGACCUGCUCCUGUUGGCCUUCCGCACCCGUCAGGCCGUACUGCCACUGUGGUAGAAAUCGAUGAUGAUGACGAUGAGGAGAUGGAUGGUGCUCGUCGUGGUGAAGAGACGGGUGUGUUGGUUGAUGAUGGUGAGAAGGGUGGUGCAGAUGAGGAUGAUGAGAUGGGUGAGGUCGAUGAAGAUGAGGAAGUCCUCAGUGUUGAUCUCGGUGAUCCAGCGCUGUUUGAGGAUAGAGAAACGUGGGUGUCAGAGUUGGAAAAGUUAAGCCCUGUUCGUGAUAAUGAAGGUUCUCCCGAAUUCCGCGUACGGCUCCAGACUUUUUUCGGGAAGAAACGGGUUGCGUAUCAGGAGAAGAUGGAUGCUCUGGCUGAAAUUAAAGCCGAGAAACGUCGCCGCUCCCCUUCCGCCCACGACGAAGUUACCCCUCCUUCGGCGAAACGGGUCAAAGAGACCCCUCGGUCCUCUACAGGACAGGCUGAAUUGUUUCCCUCCCCUUCCCACGAGCCAGGGAGUGCCCGCAAGGCGUCGUUGCGGGAGCAGGAUAGGCUAUGGAAGUUGUUCAUCGAUGAAAGGGAGCGAUGGGAGGUCGCCAGUAUCGAAGAGUCGUGUGAUAAAUGCCGUGCCCUUCAGAGACAGUGGUCUAAACCACUGCGCUAA